UUUGUUUUUUUCUAUCCUUUAAGUAAUUCAGUGUUGUUUCCCGGCAAGGUGGUUUAAAACUAUGUGACAGACCAGAUACUAGGGGCGUUCAAUUCAAACCGGGACUUUUAAUUUUAUGAGCAGAAGAAGAGAUCUUGAAGUACCUCGAAGACAUACUGAAGCACAUCGUUCGGGCUGGACAAGGAGACAGAUACAUCUAGGAAGCAACGAAGAAAAUGUUGAAAAGGCUGAAAAAGGAGGACAUCGUUUGUUUGCUAAAGAAGUCCCUAUAUGGGCUGCGACAGGCGAGGCGUGCCUGGCACGAGUACACUGGAACGAUUCUCCCGUGAUGUACACUGAUGCCGACUGGAGUGGUUGCAGCGUCGACCGUAGAUCUUACACCGGUUACUCUUUUGUUGUAGGCAGCGGAGCAGUGAGCUGGAUCUCGAAGAAGCAGCAGACAGUGGCCUUGUCGUCAACUGAGGCUGAGUAUACAUGA